AUGACCACCACGAGCGCGGCUGACUCUCAUCCCAUGCCUGCAGCAACUAUUGUUUACAGUCCUGGUGAUGCCGCUGCAACCAUUGUUGACAGUCCCGGUGAUGCUUCUGACUCUCCUCCCGCACCUGUAGUGACCAUUGUUUACGGUCCUGGUGAUACUGCUGAUUCUCUCUCUGCUCUUUUUGAGCAGUUGAAUAUCUCAGGGCCCAACGCAGUUGCACUGAUGGUUGCCCUCUGGGAAUUCAUACAGGACACUGUCAUGGCUACAGUGCGUGAAGUUACUGCGGAGGACACUGUCAAUGUGUCACCUGUUCCCAAUGAGAUUGAUGAUUCCUGCCGCUACCACAACCAGCCUGCCUCUAGUGUACCUGUUGGCUCUGGAGGUGUGGCUGCUAGCUCUCCUGCUGCCACUGUGCAUACCCAGGUAUAUAGGAACAUUAGAUAUGAUGUUCCUGCUCCCAACGCUUCAGGGCCCUAUUACUGGGUCACCCACGGUCGCCGUGUCAGUAUCUUUUCUACUUGGCAACAGACUUCCUUGCAUGUCAUUGGUGUUAGUUGGGCUUCCUUUUCCAAGAGUGUAUCUGAGUCAUCAUUUACUCCACCGUCUCCAGCAGUGCACAAGAACUGUGAUAUAUAUGAUAUUGAGGACGCCCAAUCAAACCUUGUGGUGAUUUCUACCGAACUUAAACCUCUGUUUAUCAAGAUGGUACAGGACUUUCAAGACAACAGAGAAGCGGUACAGUCACGCCUUUCCAAACAUCUCAAGACUUUGGAGCACAUUCAUGAAUACCUGCAAACUUUGGACGACAAUUUGGGUCAUGCAGUGGCUGCUGGUGUGAUGUGUCAGUCCAAGGCAAUAACAAUGGCCACAGAGGAAUUAUGGUGCUACUCAGCUAUGAGGGAGAUGGAUGAAGAAAUGAAUCCAAAAUUCUUUCGCAGAGGAUUGUUAUACCAGACAAUAACGUUUUCAGCUGAAUACUUCAGGCUCCGGGAUGACACAGAUUGUAUUGUUUUCUUUAACAACUUUUAUGUGUGCUAUUUUGCACGCUGGCCAGAAGAGGAGAGACUGUUUCCUGGUGUCACCAAACUCUCUGGAGAGCAGGCUAUCGCCGUUGCUCGUUCUUUGAGAAGGAAAGAGAAGGUUUAA